GAAAUUAGCAGCAAGAAAGCAUGUCAUUGACAAAGUCACGUGUCUAGAGGCACAGCCAGCAAGCGAGCGGAUGAGAAAAGGAACGAGCGAGUGCAAGCGCUCGAAGUGGAUUGAGUGUGGAAGGGAUUGAAGGAGAGACAUGACAAAAUAUCAAGAGGGAAAGCACGCACUACCAUGCGAGCUAAAUUUGCGCCCGCUGGAAUAGAGGAUGUCGGAUUAAUGGUGACUAUUAUAACCCGUUUUCGCAGAGGAGGCUUUUCGAUUGGGACUUUGGAAGAGAGGGUCCACGGGGAAACAUGGCCGAAGGAGGGGCGGUUAAAGGUGGCGCAGAAUACACCGCCAAAUCGGCGGAGCAGGAAGAGCGGAUUCUGCCCCAGCCUCUGUCGGGAGCAGGCCACUGCAAGUGGUUCAAUGUUCGAAUGGGGUUCGGAUUUAUAUCAAUGACCAGCAGCGAGGGGAGCCCCCUAGACCUCCCUCUGGACGUAUUUGUCCACCAAAGUAAGCUGGUGAUGGAUGGCUUCCGCAGCCUGAAAGAGGGCGAGCAGGUGGAGUUCACCUUUAAGAAGUCCUCCAAGGGCCUGGAGUCCCUGCGGGUGACGGGGCCGGACGGGGGACCAUGCGCAGGCAGCGAGAGGAGACCCAAAGGGAAGGCCACGACCCAGAAGAACCGCAAACAAAAGGGUGACCGCUGUUAUAACUGUGGAGGUCUGGACCAUCACGCCAAGGAGUGUGGCCUGCCCCCCCAGCCAAAGAAAUGCCACUACUGCCAGAGCAUCAUGCACAUGGUGGCCCAGUGUCCCCACAAGGCGCUGGCGCCCCCCACUGGCUCUCAGGACCCCCUGCACCCCUCUACCUCGACCGACCUGUACCCCCCCGACGAGGAGGAGCGCUCGGGUUCAUCCCCCCUCGAUGGCCCCUCGUCCUCCCCGGAAGCGCCACCCCAGUCACACUGUGGUGGCCCCCAGAGGUGGAGGAAAUAGCCGGGGAGAAGGGGAGAGGUGUACCAUGACCCUGACUCCCCUAACCUAAGGAACCCCCAAAAUUCCAUCCCUAAUCUACCUCACACUUGUGAAAAAAAUGGGAGGUAUAUUUUUGGGGGGACCAGCAAAGUUAUGGCAACGAUCACCGGGAUACGGAUUUGUGUGAAUGUGUGUGACUGGCUGACUGGUUGUCAUCUGGUUGCAGCUAUGGCAACCAUCGCUGGGGAUACAGACUCAUGUGAAUGACUGUGUGUGACUUCUCAAUCAGUGCAGCUCAAGAGACAAAAUGGUCAAAAGGAGAAACAAGGGUUAGGGUUAAGUGUUAGGGGUGUCAUCCGUAACACGUUGUGUGGUAGUUUCUGAAUAGAACUCGGUUUCCUUUUAGAUUUUAGUUCAUGUGUUUCAUAUUAUAUUAUUAUUCUAAACAUCAUGAUGCCUCUUUUUUAGCAUUAAGACUUUUAAAAAAGGCCUUGAUGUAGGCCAGUGUUUCCUAAUCGAGCAUAUUUUAGUUUUGCCCUAGCAGUAACACACUUGAUUUAACUUAUCGCCAAGCCUUUGAUUAUUUACAAUCCGGUGUGUUAGUGAUACAUCAAAAACUAAAAUGUGUACCCCGUUGGCUCCCCGGGGCCAGGAUUGCAAAACACUGAUUGGUCCUCUAUAAAAACAAUAGAACCGCAAAAAAUCUGAAUCCAAAUGAUGCUUCAGUGUGACCUAUUGAUCAGUGUUGGCGAGAGCACCAUGGAUACCAGGGUGAAAGGUUGGAAAGAGGAUGGGGGCGUAGGACCCAUUCAAUAACCCUUGUGGUCAUGUGCAACACUCUGCUUUACAGAAACAGAACUGGACCAACUACCGGGGGGGGUUCAUAAGAACCAGGAACUGGUUGUUAUAUGGUUGUUAUUAUAUGGUUGUAAUGACGUCAUUUCAACCAGCUUUGCCCACUGGGUGAUUGUUGUUAAACCUAGUUUGAAGUGUGUGUGUGUGUGUGUGUGUGUGUGUGUGUGUGUGUGUGUGUGUGGCAUAGCCUGGUGUAGUGAAGUCACCUUUGCGGGUAGAUUUUGGCACAAGACAUCAUUGCAACCAGUAUUCUGCUGCGAAAUGAAGCCUAACUGUCACUCCUGAACCACAGAAGAUGAGCUUUUCUAGUUCAGUGGUACUAACAAUUGACUGCAGAGUGCUAGUGGGGGAAUAGUAUUGAAUCCAGGCAUGUGUGCUCUUGCUUGUGUGUGAGUGGGGUUGUUAGGAACGUGUGAGAGACAUUGUUCCUUUCCUAAAACAUAACAGAGAAGUUUGAUCCAGGCUUUGAGAUUGGGGCCAACCUCUAGUCGACUUGAUAUUAAUGUUUCAUGUAAUCUUAGAAGGACAUGCCUUAGAAAAAGUGUUUUAUCACUCGAGACUGGCUUGCCUGGCUACCCAGAUUCCUUGCUCUUGCCAAACGCUAAGCCACGCUCACAGACGUUAGUUUCUUCUCCGCAGUGAGUCUGGAUCUGAGUAUCUCCCAGACCCUUCACCGAAUGCCAACACAUUUGAGGACAUCUGAUUGGUCCAGGAACCGAUGGGUUGGGCCAGAGCUAGAACAAACAUGGGUUUAGCGGCGGUUUGAAAAUGUGUCAUUGGCAUUGAUACUCUGAUUGGUUAGAGACGAUCCAAUCGAUGUUGACUUUGUUUUGUACAAAGCCCCUCGUGUCCCUCGUCACCACAAAAUCUUAAAUGAUGGCAGACCGAGACACUCAAAAUGUGAUCUGUAGACCGGACUCGAGUAGCCUAACAACUUCUUCUUCUGAAGAAUUUAGUGUGAGUUAGGCUACUCGAGUCCGGUACCCAGACCACAUAUUGAGUGUCUCGGGCUCGUCUCGGAUACAUUUUUACUCUGUCUUGACUGUUUCGGCUCAGUCUCGGACAAUGAGGACUCGUAAACAAAAUCUGAAUUAUCAGCCCCCGUUCAGUCAAUGCUUCACCAUGCCAAAUAUCCACACUCCUGUCCGAAAACAGGUUUUUAGAAAUGUUUGCUAAUGUAUUACAAUUACAGAAAUACUGUACAUUUUUAGCUCUUUUUUAUGGCGGCGAUCUGACACAAUUUCAAUCAUGGUCUUGAAUUAGACUCGCAUUGUUCUAGUCUCGGUCUUGACUCGAACUCGCCCCCCUCCCGGUCUCGGUCUUGACUCGGUCUCACAACACUUCUUAGCUAAGAAACCAUUUUAUCCACCUCUAGGUUUAAGUUCCAAAACAUUGAAAAAAUGCCAUUAUUUAAUUGGACUUCUACUAUCUACAUUUGGGUUGUUGACUAAUUAGUUGGAGAUAGUGUCACAGUUUAUAAAGUCACAAUAUAAGUCAUUAAUAUAUGUAUGAAAGAAUAGCAUAUUCUAAACUCGGAGUCCUAGGCCUAGUAUUAGUCAAAUCACAUAGCCUCUACAUCUGUCUGAUGUUAAAGCUUUCUAUCCCUAUAUACACACCCCGGUCCCUCUCCCAUCUAUGCCUGUGGUACCACCUGUUUCCCACUCAAAACGGGAUCCCUAAACACUGCUGCUCGUUAUUCAAAUAGUCCAGAGAUUUAUUAAGAGCUGAAAAAGAGGUAGGGAGAAAAAACAAUGUAAGUGCUGCUUGUCGUAUGACUUGAAUCCUCCGCGAGUUUCUAGUAGCGCUUAUACUAAUGAAACAUGACAACUCUUCUCUGACCAUAUUGAAUGUGAAAAGAACUCUGAAGUGGCUCUCCUCACAAAAGUCAAUGAGGGUAACUUUGGAUCAUAUCUUCUUAAUGUGCUGACAAAUCAAAUGGCUUUGUAUGAUGAUAUCAAACUAGCUUGUGUUUUCUAAAGCUCUAAAACAAAUGACGUAGACAAGCAACAGUUUUUGGUAUACAUUUCUAUGAAAGAGUUUGGCUUUAUUUGAAGGCAUUGUAAAAGUAGGACUUGCUUUGCUGUUCCUGCUCCUUUGGAAUUUCAAGGUUUCUGAAAGUUCAACACUGAGGUUGUUUAUGUACAGCUUUUUGAAUGUGUGAUGUGCAUCGAAUUGAAUCCAAUAAGAGGACAACAACAGAGAGGGAAAAAACAGAGAGACCAAACCACACAAUGAGCACAGCCCAUUUUUGUACAUGUAUAUAUUUUUUUAAAUCCACAAUUCCUCUCAGGAUGAAAAACUGUUCUCAGGGAAUUAACCAAAAAAUGUAUAUUUUAUUAUUUUGGGAAUCAUCCACCGACUGCUCGAUGAACUCUGAACAGUAAAGUUUAACGGUUCUGUACCUCUUCAUGUCCUGAUAUUAGUAACUAACUACCUCUCGAGUUACACAGAGUUGUGCAUUUUCUUCUUCUUCUUAUGUUUUGUCUUGUAUGAUUAACUGUAGGACUUUUUUUGUUUACAGCAAAAGCCUACCUCAUUUCCUCCAGUUUUUUCCCUCCCCCAGCCCCGCCCCCAUAUGCUUUUCCAGCAUAUGUAGGCCUACACACUUAGCUUGCAGACAACAACCAGUGAGUUUAAGUGUUUGUACAUAUUUUUUCUCCUAACCUAAUUUCUCAUUGUAACCACUUGACAGGCAUGAGGUGGACACAAAUUGGAUUGUACUGUAAAUGCACAAGAAGAUAGUGCCUAUCUAUGUUUUGUCUGUGUAUUCCCAUCGUAUUCCCAAAUAACAAUUUUUCUCUCUUUGGCCUACUCAGUAAGUGACCUAAAUAUCAGCCAUUUUGACAACCUCCGAAAAUGACAAGUUGUGUUGUCUCGAGACAAUUGGUUCUUGUUUUUGUGAACUACAAUACGUAUUAUGAGUGGCAUUAAUCAUUCUUAAGAAAUGGGUAGAUUUAAGUACUAAUAGUGACCUUGCAUAUGUUGAGAUCCUUAAAAAAAGGGUUUAUGAAUAUUACUCUUUUUUGACUGAAACUCUUGAGGUUAAAAAGACAGGAUUAUUUA